GCCGCCGUCGUCCUCGCCGGCCACGCCCGCUUCACGGUACUCACGGCGCAGGUGAUUCGCAUGGAGUGGAGCCUCACCAACCGCUUUCGCGACCGGGCGACGAUGGUCGUGACCAACCGACGCCUCGCCGUGCCGUCGUUUCGCGUCGACGACGACGACGACGGCUGGCUCACGAUCACGACGUCGCACAUUGCACUUCACUACGAUCCGCGCUCGGUCACGUCGUUUGGCGACGGCAAUCUGCGCGUGACGGCUCUCGCUGUUGGCCACAAGAACGCGACGUGGAUCCCAUCGGCGACCGACAAUGACACGAGUCGCUUGACUGGCACGAUCCGGACGCUCGACAUGACCAACGGGUCGGUCAACCUUGACUGCCACGCCGGUGGGCCCGACUACAUUGCCGACUCGCACUGCACGUACGGCGUCGGCAGCAAGCGUGGCUACGUCGUGCUUGAUGACUCGCUCAGCUACGAGCUCAGCAACGCCACCUACCCGUGGCUCGUCCCCAAGGUCAGCGUGCCGUCGCCAGGGCAUGCGUGUGCAAUCAUUCCACCGGACGAGCGCCGCAUCUGCGGCGCCAACAUUGCCUCGGAAGACGAAUGUGUCGCUGCCGGCUGCUGCUUUGACAACGCGAACCCGCUGCCGCACGGCUUUGUGUGCUACUACAGCCCGCAGUCGUACCAAGAUUUGUAUUUCUUUGGCCAUGGCCGUCGGUUCAAGGACGCGCUGCGCGAGUUUACCGCGAUCGCGGGACACGUGCCGCUGCCACCGCGGUAUGCGUUUGGGGUCUUCUAUUCGCGCUGGUGGGCGUACAGCGACGUCGAAGUCGAAGGCCUCGCUGCCGACUACGCAUCGCGACGCAUUCCACUCGAUACGAUCGUCCUCGAUAUGGAUUGGCACUUGACCUUUUACAAGAACCACACGCUCGACCAAGCCCAGCAGCCCAAAGGCUGGACCGGGCUCACGUGGAACAAGGAGUUGUUUCCGUCGCCCAAGUCGUUUCUGCAGCACCUGCACGCCAAGGGCCUUCGCGUGACGCUUAAUUUGCACCCGGCGUCCGGUGUCCAGCCAUGGGAAGACUCGUAUGUGGCCGUCGCGACCGCCAUGGGCAUCGAUCCAUCGAGCCAGCGCUACGUCCCGUUUGAUUUGACCAAUCAGACGUUCGCGACGGCAUGGCUCACCUUGAGUUUGCGCCCCCAUGAGCUCGAUGGCAUCAGCUUUUGGUGGCUCGAUUGGCAGCAGGGCGAAGACUGGUUCGUUGCGCAUGACCAAGCCCGCGCGAGCUUGAGCCCGACUCUGUGGCUCAACCACGUCUUCUUUACGAACCCAUACCACUGGCCCCAGUCCCAGACGCGGCCGCUCCUGCUGCAUCGGUUCGGCGGCCUGGGCAGCCACCGGUACCCUGUGGGCUUUUCGGGGGACGUCGAGGCGUCGUGGGCGUCGCUGGCGUUCCAGCCUGCGUUCACUGCGUCAGCGGCCAACGUGGGCUUUGGCUACUGGAGCCACGACCUCGGCGGGUUCCUCCACGGUAGCGACCCCGAGCUGUACACGCGCUGGAUUCAGUGGGGUGCGUUUUCUCCGAUUUUUCGUACGCACUCGAAAAAGGAUGUCCAUGCCGACCGCCGCAUUUGGAAAUUCCCCGAUCCGUUCUACGCAAUCAUGCACGAGUUUAUGACCCUCCGACGACAACUCGUGUCCUACAUUUAUACGGCGGCGCGAGAGACGUUUGCAUCCGGCGUCGGGCUCCUCCACGCACUCUACCUCGAGUGGCCCGACCUUGAAGCUGCGUACAACCAUACGGACCAGUACCUCUUUGGCUCUGCGUACUUGAUUGCACCGGUUGUAUCCCCGUUGAAUGCAUCGACGCAGACCGCGACGCGGCACGUAUGGGUGCCACCAGGUCUCUGGUUCGACGAGACCUUUGGUGCACUUCUGCGUGGUCCGUCCAAGUACACGGCGCAGUUUACGCUGAACGAUAUGCCUCGGUUUCUGCGCGCCGGCAGUAUCGUGCCGCUUGACGGGUCGGUCGCGGGUUCGAGCCUCGGCGCGGCCCAGCGUUUGCCGCAAGUAAUGCGGCUGGUCGUUGUUCCCGGCUAUCCGGUCGGCUCUGGAUCCGUCUACGAAGACGGUGGUGACUCGGAUGCGUAUUUGACCACGAACGAAUAUGCAUUCACCGCGUUUAACUAUCGCAUGGAUACUCCGACUCUCGGUGUCAUUGCCAUCGAGCCCGUCGCUGGGUCCUUCCCGACAAUGCACAAACAGCGAUCGUACGAGGUGGUGGUCCGUCACGUCUCUCCGCCAACGUCCGUAGCCGUCAACGGCGAGCUCCUCGGCGCGGACGGCGCGGUUGUCGACCACUGGCGCUACGACGCGUCGACGCUGUCGCUGCACGUGCAGCUGCAGACGCCGCUGGACGUGACGCACCGCGUUCUUGUCCACCUCGUCUUUUCCAACGCGUCACAUGUCGCCUUGAACAACGUCGCGGGCCUUUUCGCCCGACUAAAACGCGUCAAAUCGCUGCUGGAUGACGCCAACGUGCUGCACGACGACGUGCCGGCCGUCGUUCACGCAGCGCAGACGCCUCGCCGCAUCGACUUUAACGUCUCGAGCUUCGAGGAGGAGCUCCAGCAGCUGCCAAGCCUCGUUCAAGCGAGUCGUGAUCAAGUGCAAGCGCUCUCGAUUGCAUCGGUGCUCAAGGCGCAGGUCCACGCCUUGCUUCAAGUCCCAACCGUGACACGUGACGACACGACGACAGUCGCCUGAGCUUGUCUGCUGUACGUGCACAGAAUGCCGAUUUAAUGUACGGAUUGAC